GCCGUCCUUUUGCCACAGGACCCCAGAAUCGAGUGGUGAAACCAGUUUCCCUCAGCUUCAACAAGUGUUGCUUAUUGCCAUUUGUCUGUCAUCCGAACUCGCAGCAUCUAAGUAUCACCGGCCACUAUGUCCGAGCCCGAGCAGCCCACGAAGAAGUACCGUGGCAACUGCCACUGCGGCGCCUUCGUCUUCGAGGUCGAGGCCCCCGAGAUUAAGUCGCUGAGUGACUGCAACUGCAGCAUCUGCACCAAGCGCGGCUACUUGUGGCUGGUGCCCAAGAGCGCUCCGACCAUCAUCAAGGACGACGGCAAGCUCGUCCACUAUGCGUUCGCUGGCAGGAAUAUGGACCACCAAUUCUGUGGCAACUGCGGAAUCACUGUGCUCGCCGCGAGUGAUAUGUUCCCAGCCAAGUUCGGGGUCAACGCCAGGACCAUCCAGGGGCUCAAUGUCUGGGACCUGGAGAUCAAGACAUUCGACGGCGCUGCAUACGACCCCCAGUACGUCGCGCCCGCUUAUUCGGGCCCGGAGCUCAACCCAGCCGGCUUCGAGGACGCCAACACGUACCACGGCAGCUGCCAUUGUGGAGCCGUCACUACCGCAGUAAGGAUCAAAGGCUCCCCGGAGGACAACACAUACAAGGAGAGGAUCCUCGAGUGCAACUGCAGCAUUUGCCAGCGGGCUGGAUACCUCUGGAUCUACCCGUCCGAGAGCCAGGUCGCCAUCCAGGGCCGCGAAAACCUGUCCACGUACGUGUUUGGGACCCGUGUGUUCCGCAAAGUGUUUUGCAAAACGUGCGGCGUGCACAUCGGAGCCGAGCCGAACCCCGACCUCACAGACGAGGAGAUUGCCGCCCUGCCGGAGGUGGUUCGCGAGUUCCGGGCCACCCGGCUCGACCUCCGGCCGAUGAACCUGCGCGCCUUCAACGGGCUCGACCUGAAGCGCGUCAAGCCGACGCAGGUGGACGGAUGGAGCAGGGGCCAGCAGUAUGCCAACCCCUAAGAUUGCCGGUGGCUCUGAAGGUUGGGAGGUAUAAGGAUUUGAGGACGAGCAAUGCCGAUGGCGGUAAACCGAGUGCUCCAGCCACGUAGUCAAACGUAGUUUGCUUUUGUCUUGCAUUGCAAGCUUGUACCACCAGCCUCGAUCCAACCGUUACUCCAGCUCGUCCCUCCACGGAAUCGAGUCUUGCGCGCCCGCUCUCUCGACCGUUUUUGCAGCUGCCUUGUUUGCCGUCCUUACCGCCGCCUCAAUGUCGAACUCGGACCCUUUCUUCCCCACGGCGUCGAGGGCAUACCGCCCAACAAACGUGUCCCCAGCGGCAGUCGUGU